AUGGCCCUCUCAGCACUGCCCUACCAGCAAUUCCUCCGUGCCAAAGAGUCGGAAUUCUUCUCGCUGAUCGAACAAGGCUCGAUCUCGCCAUGGCUGUUCCCGCACGACUUUCUCGUCGUGGCGAUCCCCAUCCUCGCCUUGUGGAUUCCGGCCGGCCGGCCAGGGAGCCUCGCGGUGAGAUACGCGGCCUUUGGCGUGGUCUGCGCUCUUUCGAUCCGUAGUAUUCUGUACACGCGAUGCUUGAUAGGAGGCGGCACGAUCGUCGGUUUCUACUACGCGUUUGUGAUCAUCUGGAGUGCCGUUUUCCUCGUGUUCAAGGAUGUCCGCACGGAAUGUUACCGGAUUGAGAGGAGGGAUGGGUCGUUCUACUGGCAGGGCUAUCCGGACACCCUAUACCACCGGUUGACCUGGCUGCUGGAUCUGUUCAGCAGUCUGCGUGGUGUAGGAUGGAACUGGCGGAUUCCCGGCCUCCCGCGUCUUCCAGAGGUCGAUCAACCAUGCGUGACGGAGUACCGCGCAACCAGCCUUCUGAAGACCUCGCUCUGCAGGACCGCAGUCUACUAUGUCCUCAUGGACAUCCUCAGGAUGCUCGUCAUGCUGGAUCCGUACUUCUGGGGCCUCAUCGACACGCCUCCGCUCCCACCGUUGGACCGAAUCUACCGGUUCUCCCCCGCACUGAUGCGUCUCGCGCGCACCGUCAUCUCCGUCCUCUGGAUCCGCACCGUCAUGGCCUAUCUCUUCUCCAUGGUCCCUCUCUUCGCCAGCAUCAUCGCCCUCCUCCCAGGCGUCAGCGCCCACAGCCACACCCCCCCGGACGCACCCUGGCUAUACCCGCCUCUCUUCGCCAACUUCUUCAACUUCCGCACCGUCCUCGACCACGGCCUGCCGGGCUGGUGGGGACGGCGGUGGCACCAGACGUAUCGCUACGCAUUUGCCGAGACGGCGCGACACUGUGUCCCAGUGCAGUCUAGUCAAGAGCGCGAUCGAUUCCUGCGGCAGUGUGUCGCUUUCCUGCUGAGUGGGAUCAUGCAUACCUGCGCCGUGCAUGCGCAUUUUGCUCCACGGGCGCGGGUUGGCGGUGGGAGUCUGCUGUUUUUCGCUGUGCAGCCGGUGGGAAUGCUCCUGCAGCAGAGGCUCAGGCGGGGUUUUGCCGAGGGGAGUCGCUGGGAGCGGGCGUUUACCCUGGUGUCUACGUAUGCGUGGCUGUAUCUGUCCAUCGGCCCAUUCUGUGACGAGCUGGCUGCGGCUGGGACCUGGGGGUAUGAUGAACCCGUGCCGGUCAGUUUGGCUCGGGGACUGGGGGUGAUUGAAGGGGAGGGAUGGUGGGUGUGGGAGAGGAGCUAUGUGAGGUGGUGGCGAGGGCAGAAAUGGUGGCAGAACGGGAUUCAGAUCAUCUGA